AUGGAGGACGCGGCGCAACAGAGCAUUCCCACAGUGACCUUUGAGUGGGCGCGGGCCGGCGAUGCGUACACCAUACACGGGCCGAAGGUGGUACAUAAAGGCGGGGGUGAAAGCCCCUACAGGCCGGUGGUUGGUGACCUCACGCUGAUCCCAGGCAACGGGAAAGUAUUCUACGAAAUCACGACAAAUACGGAUGCGUGCAAGCUCGGCUUGUGCACCAAGGGGGCAUUUCGCACAGUGGAGGAGCUUGAGGUUGAGCUGGGUAAGAAGUGGGACACCUCCACGUACGGCGAGGCGCCGUCGUGCGACGAGUGCUGGAUGUUUAAUUGUCAGACCUCCACGGUGGAGGUGAACGGCGAGGAGCGUAAGCGGCUGUGGCGCCUCUCUGUCCCCGUAUCAGGCGGCAACUUUGGCUUUCUUGUUGACACCGAUGAGGGGCGGGUGCAGCUGUUUUUCAAGGAUGUGUAUCAAGGCGUUGUCUUUGAGACCUCGCUGGGGCUGCGCGGCAAGGCACUCCACCCCUGCGUCGGCUUGGAAGGGAUGGAUAUGAACAACAGAAACAUAGGUGAGGGCAACAAUGCCGCCUUUGUGACCCCUCUCUGCAAAGCCCCCCCGUGCCUGACAGAAUUUCGCAACGAGGAUGCAGCGCAUCUGCAGCGCUGUGUGUAG